AUGGUUGAUAUUGAUUAUGAUUUGAUUUUUGGAAUUUCAGAUCAUGCUGUUGAUGCUGAACUUAAUGCUCCUGAUAAUCACAUCCCAGAACUUACGAAGCUUACUGAUGAUUCAACAUCAACUCCUCAAGAAAUAGACGAAAGUAUGCAAAAUGAUCCAGUGGAGGGGGAGCACUUGGAUUCGAGUACUCUAUUCGAGGGGGAGCAUUCAUUCGAGGGGGAGAAUGAGAGAAUAGAUGAUGUUGUUGAGGGGGAGCAUGACCAAAAUGAUGAAAAUUUUCAAGAUCGUAAUGAUAAUCAAGAGUCGAUGAUUACUGUAAGAUUUUUCCUGAGCAUGGAAGCCUGGGAGUCUCGAUUUGCAAGAGUUGAAGUCGAAGAGAAGAAGAAGCCUAAACGUGGGAAGAAGAAUGAAUCUGGUUCUUCGGAAAAACCUGUAAAGGAGACGAAGCCUAAAAAGUCACCAAAGAAGAAGCCAGUUACAGUUGAUGACCCUAUUCUACCUGAAGUUUCUGGUGUUGUGUCUACACCUAUCGAGUCUACCACUGUCGAAGAAACUCAAGAGAAAGAGAUAAUUCCUUUGAAGACUACGACGAAGACGAAAGAAUCCCUGAAACUCCAGGAACUCAAUCCUGUCAAUGAAAGUUCGAUUCCUAAAGAAACAACUGUUAUUCCACCUGAAGUUCCGAUUGUCAAGUCAUCUAAUGAGGAGACACGAACUUCAGACAUCACUAUAAACGUAUCUAAUACAUAUACAAAUGUCAACAUGGGUGACGAAGGGACAAAGCCUGAUAGUCAAGUCAUCCAUUUAAAAAGAUUCAAAUACAUCGAGCAACUCGGGCGUUACCAAAAGCUUUCAUACCGUGUGGUCUUCCCCGUGGAGCUCAAACUAAGCAACACCGUUGAAGACACAGACGCCGAAUAUUCUCUUUUCGCGGUGGUGGUCCACGUCGGAAGUAGGCCCAACCACGGGCACUACGUGAGCCUCGUGAAAAGCCGUAAUCAUUGGUUGUUUUUUGAUGAUGAAAAUGUGGAAAUGAUCGAUGCAUCAGCUGUGCAAACUUUUUUCGGGUCCGCACAAGAGUAUUCAAGCAACACGGAUCAUGGCUACAUCUUGUUUUACGAAAGGGUCGAUGUAGAAGUCGUUGUUCUCCUUGUUCACCCACCUGUACGCCACCGUCGGAAGUUGCCGAUGGAGUUUCAGAUCAAGGUGGUGAUGGUGUUUUGGUUCAGUGAUGUAGGUCUGCUGUGA